CCCUGCGUCGGAGCACGAAGAUGGUUGCCGAGGUGGCCCGACAUGGAGUGUCCUGCUGGACGAGGAGGAGGAGCAGACGAGGAUGAGGAUCCACCCGGGGGGUGGACACCUCCACGAGCGGCGUGGUGAGAGCGGGGGGAGCGACAGCGAAGGGAAACGACGACGACGAGGAGGAGGAGGAGCAGAUACAAGAAGCGGAGAGCGGGAAAGAGGACAGGGAGGGGUGAGGAGGCGAGGUGAGGAGGUGAGGCGAGUAACGCCAUGGCAACUGUCUGAGCGCUGGCAGGAAGAGAAGGGAGGAGAAAAGGCGCCGGGUCCGUGUCUCCUCCUCCUCCAGCAGCACCACCACCACCACAUCCUCCUCCUCGCCACCUCUUCCUCACCACCUCUUCCUCACCACCACCUUCUCACCCCCCCCCCCCACCAUCUCAGCGUUCCAAGAUGCUGCAGACUCCGUUCGCCAUCUUCUCGGCGCAGGAGGCGGCGCAGAUGUACCGCACCAAUUACGUGCGUAACUCGCGCGCCAUUGGCGUGCUGUGGUCCAUCUUCACCAUCUGCUUCGCCAUCAUCACCGUGGUGGUGUUCGUGCAGCCCUACUGGGUGGGCGACGGGCCCGAGACGCCCCAGGCGGGCUUCUUCGGCCUCGUCCAUCGCUGCGUGGGCACGGGGCCCGCCAAGAGCGACCUCCGCUGCGAGGGGAGCUUCAUGGACUUCUCGUCGGUGCCCUCGGGCGCCUUCAAGGCCGCCUCGUUCUUCGUCGCCACCUCCAUGGUGCUCGCGUCCGCCUGCGUCGUCUGCUUCGCCCUCUUCUUCUUCUGCAACACGGCCACCGUCUACAAGAUCUGCGCCUGGAUGCAGCUCACGUCCGACACCGUGGACGGGGGGAACAAGCCUUCCCCCCACCCCCACGCCGCCCACCCCUCACCCCCCGCGUGCCCAGCGACCGCUCAACCACACGCUCCACCACCAUACGUGGCGUCCACCCCCACCGUGUCUCCAUCCCACCCCCGCUCCUCCACGGGGCCCUCGUCCCGCCGGACGCCUCCCCCUCCCUGGGUGCCUGGUGCUGGGCUGCCUGGUGUUCCCCGAUGGCUGGGACGCGGCGGAGGUGCGCGCCCUGUGCGGUGAGCACGCCAGCAAGUACACGCUGGGCGAGUGCUCGGUGCGCUGGGCCUACAUCCUCGCCAUCAUCGCCAUCCUCGACGCCAUGAUCCUCGCCUUCCUCGCCUUCGUGCUGGGCAACCGUGGCAACGCGGCGCUGCCCCCGGACCUCCGCUCCGACUCCAAGGACAACAUGGCCUGAGGGCCCGACGAAGAGGUGACCUGCAAGUCCGUCUGACCUGGUGGCCCGGCCAGGACCCCACUGCCCCCCCCUCCCUUCCUCCGACCCCGAGCCCUCCUCUCGACGCCACGAACCCCCACCCCCUCGGAACACGAGGAGUGCAGGGGUUGACUCUCUUAUGGGGGUGGGGGGUCCUCUUUUCUCUCUUUGGGGGCCUCGAUCCGUCCUUGGUGGUCCCACCUCUCCCUGCCUCCCCCCCCCCCACUCUUUAUUGUGGGGGGGGUGGGGGGGGGCGUAUCCCUCCCUUGACCCCCCCCCACCCGUACCAUGGAUCUGGACGCACACGUUUGUGCGGGUGUACACUCACACACACACGCCGUACUGUGCUCACACACUUGCGCACGCACUUGUACCCGUGCGUGCACCCGUGCGCGUGCACGUGUACACGUGCACGCGCACAGGCGUGUGAAACAUAUGCGCGCACAGCAUAGCCUGCAAUGCAUACACGCAUAUACGUGUACUAUUACAGGCCAUGAUACAAACACAAUGGGUGGGCAGGAGAUGGCAGUCGAGCAAUGGAUUCUUGAAUCGCCUGUGCAGAGCGUUUCGGUGUCCACGCCCUUCGUGUGUGCAGUGGGGUUUUCCCCGGGAUCCGCGGCGUUCUCCUGCGUCGAUGGAAUUGGCCAAACUUCCCAAUGUAGCAGGACCCUCCUGAAAAUGAGUCUCGAGACCCAGUGAGGCUUACCUGGGGAAUGAAGGUCAUUCAUGUUAUUUUUAUUGCUGCCGCAUGUAAUAAAUACACUCCCUUACAAUGCACUACCCACGCACACAACAAGCUGCAUGCAGUACUCAUGCUGUACACGACACCGCGACAACAGCCGCCAUUUGCCACCGCGGCGUUCGUGCCAGGCUAGGUGCACUUUUUAGGCCAUGUGAAGUUGCGGAGGGCCCGCGUUCAUGACCAGGAGGUCACGGCUUUCCGUACGGGAGGAAAUGACGACAGGGAACGCGAACGGUUCCGAUCGGCAAAGUGUGGGUACUCCCACCUCUUCCAAGACGUCUGGGCCAGCGUGGAAGAGUAGGCCAAAGUACCACGAGAGGGGUCGCUCCCUCUAGAGCUCUGAGCGCAACGAGUACGCACGGCGUGUGACGCUCGCUCGCGGAGUGCGACGCGGAGUGAUGCACACAGGCGGGGUGUGACGCGCGGGUUGUGACGCGCGGGUUGUGACGCGCGGGUUGUGACGCGCGGGUUGUGACGCGCGGGGUGCGACGCGCGGGGUGCGACGCGCGGGGUGCGACGCGCAUGCGCACACGCCCGGGGUGUGACGCGCAUGCGCACACGCCCGGGGUGUGACGCGCAUGCGCACACGCCCGGGGUGUGACGCGCAUGCGCACACGCCCGGGGUGUGACGCGCAUGCGCACACGCCCGGGGUGUGACGCGCAUGCGCACACGCCCGGGGUGUGACGCGCAUGCGCACACGCCCGGGGUGUGACGCGCAUGCGCAUGCUGCGAGGCCAUCGUGAACCAUCCUCGCACUCGGCGCAUCCCCUGUGCAACGCGCACUGGGGGAGGGCAGUGUCAGGAGGGGG